AUGGCGAGAACCAAGCAGACAGCACGUAAGUCCACUGGCGGCAAAGCCCCCAGGAAGCAGCUGGCCACAAAGGCCGCCCGUAAAAGCGCGCCAGCAACCGGCGGUGUGAAGAAACCUCACCGUUACAGGCCCGGCACCGUGGCUCUGAGGGAGAUCCGUCGCUAUCAGAAGUCCACCGAGCUGCUGAUCCGCAAACUGCCCUUCCAACGUCUGGUGAGGGAAAUCGCUCAAGACUUCAAAACAGACCUGCGCUUCCAGAGCUCAGCUAUCAUGGCGCUGCAGGAGUCCAGUGAGGCUUAUUUGGUGGGUCUAUUCGAGGACACCAACUUGUGCGCCAUUCACGCCAAGAGAGUGACCAUCAUGCCCAAAGAUAUCCAGCUUGCCCGACGCAUUCGCGGCGAGAGAGCUUAAACUAGGAAGCCUUCUUGACCCCAACGGCUCUUUUCAGAGCCACCACACUGUCAACUAAAGGACUUUCUCCAGAACAUCUUACUCGAACAAAGACAUAAUUUUCGUGUCUAACUAUAUGUAAUUUAACCCAGUGUCUUUCAACCACUGUGUUUUUCAACCUUUUUUGAGCCGAGGUACGUUGUUUUCAU